UGAAGCGUGUGAAUGGUUGAGAAUGUAAGGAGUGUUGGAUAUACUUCAGGCUCUUUCUGUUACAUCAAUAGAAUAAAGAUGAAUCCCGGGGGUCGCAGACUGAAGCAGUGGCUUAUAGAACAGGUCAACAGUAAUAUAUAUAAUGGACUGUUAUGGGAGGAUGAGAACCGAACCAUGUUCCGAAUCCCCUGGAAACAUGCAGGAAAACAGGACUACAACCAAGAGGUGGAUGCAUCCAUAUUCAAAGCGUGGGCGAUAUUUAAAGGGAAGUUUAAGGAGGGAGAUAAAGCUGAACCAGCGACUUGGAAGACCAGACUGCGCUGUGCACUCAACAAGAGCCCUGACUUUGAGGAAGUUACUGACCGAUCCCAGCUUGACAUCUCGGAGCCAUACAAAGUGUACCGGAUAGUUCCAGAGGAAGAACAGAAGUUGGGUAAAAGUUCCAUUACUGCCAUGUCCUGCUGCAGUACUGACAUCAGUGACAUGGACUGCUCACCAGACCUGGAUGAACUGAUCAAAGAGCCCCCUAAUGAUGAAUACAUGGGCAUCCUCAAGCGCAGUCAUUCUCCUCUGGAUGAAGGCAGUAACGUGCCGCCAGGGCAGGAAUGGUGGCAGCAGGGACUUCACAAUGCUGCUGUUGUUCAUCAGGAUCUAUCUCCUGCAGCAUUCUCUCAGUUGAUGAUCUGCUUCUAUUAUGGUGGCCGUCUGGUGGGCAGCACAGUCACCACUCACCCGGAGGGCUGCCGUAUCUCACCCUGCCCGCUCCCUGUGACUAAUGGCCUGUUAUAUGGGUCAGACAGCCUCCAGAACAUCCGCUUCCCUUCGGUGGACUUCAUAGAACACGAGCGGCAGCGUCACGUCACCCGAAAGCUCUUUAGCCACCUGGAGCGUGGUGUACUGCUGCGUGCCAAUAGAGAUGGCAUCUUCAUCAAGCGUCUGUGCCAGAGCAGAGUGUUCUGGAGCAGCCAGGACUCACAGUACAACCCAAACCCCUGCAAACUGGAGCGAGACGCGGUGGUGAAGAUCUUUGACCCUGCCAGGUUCCUGGAAGCUCUGCAAGUAUAUCAGGAGGGUCAUUAUCAGGCCCCGGACCCCACCAUCACACUCUGCUUUGGGGAAGAGUUCAAUGAUUUCAGCACUGUCAAGAGCAAAUUAAUAAUUGUGCAGAUUACAGCAUUGAACUAUCAGCAGCUGGUGGAUGCGGUGACCACUCGCAGAUCGCAGUGUAGUGGCGGGAAUGUGGAGAUCUCUGAUGAGACGGCCAGAGAUCAAGUGGCUCUAAUAUAUCAGGAUCUGUGCAGCUACACUUUUCCCCAGCGAGCUUCCUGUUUCAGGGACAACCUGCCCAUUCCAGUGUGAAGCAGAACUCUGAACUAUGCAAAUACUGACCCCAAAUGUUGUUUUUACAAUGUCAUGAUGUAAAGAAAUGUGUAUUAAACACAAGAGUUAAUGGUUAGGGAUGCUAGCUGUGGGUAGCAUUCCAUUCUCUCAGGGCUCAAAAUAUUAUCUGACAAAAGAUUGAAUUGUUCUCAGGGAUAAAAUUCUCCUUUAUUAAAUGUGUAUUUCUUUUUUGUUUUACCUUUCCUUUUUAUAUUUUAAUAUUUUUGGAAGUUAUUUUCAAAAAUGUGCUUUUCAUUUGAUCCUCUGUUAUUUUCUUUUAUUAUAAUGCACUGUAAAUCGAUAGGUUUUACUAUCCUUAAUUUUUGUAUUGUAAUUUUUUUAAAGCAAAUUUUUCUUUUUACUCUGAUAUUAUUCUUCAGAAAUGA